AUGCUUGUCACCUGUCAGCAAUGCAUUUUAUUGCCUGGAUUGCGGCCACUACUACUGUUUGAAAUGUAUCAUUUACCAGGAGCUGUUAAGGUCAAAACGCUGAUAAGAAAUCGUGAUUUACCAUUGCGAUGUUAUCAUAUGGAUUGCGGACAAUUGUUCUCAAUAACUGACUUGAAGUGUUUGCUUCUUGGCGAUAAUCGGUUACCAUGGUUAAAUGCAAAGAAAUUGCAUGCUCUGGUAGACAGUUCCAUUGACUAUGUAUUGCGAAGAGACAGGUCGUUGUCACGUUGUCCGACACCCGACUGCUUUGGCAUUUUCAAGGUUAGUAGCAUAUGA